UUGAUCAUGACCUCUUAAGAACCAAUAGAAAACGGACAAUCAUAAACCAAUUAAUCACCCCAAUACAAGAGCUGAAACACUUACCAAGGUUCAAAAGGGAAAUGCUGGAGUAUUUGUUAUGUUCUAGUCAAGCACCGAAUUUGAGUAGUUCUCAGCCACAGCUAAUCAACAAAAUUCAUCCAUAUAUACUUGAUAUUAAGCGUCAAUCUAUCACCCCUGCAUGAAUAUAAAAGACAAAAGGCUGUGUUAUGAAGAAUAAAACGAAACCAGAAGACAAUGAUAAUUACUCUUCCCCAGAUAACAACUUCAACAUUUCAAACUCAAUACCGCUAGGAAGAAUUUGAGACCACUAUCAAUUGAUGACUCCAAUUCAUUAGUCACACAAAGUAUCAGCACUCUCAUACCUUUCCAACAACAACAAUACAAAUUUAGAAACGAAUUAAGGAGAAUUCCUCCAUUUUCUCCUAACACCACUAGAUCCGUAGCAAGUAAUUAGGAAGGAGCCAAAAGCAUAACAACAAUUGAACGAAGAACUAGAUAAUAAAGCGAAUCUAAAAAGGAAAACAUCAAAAGAACGAGAAAAGAACUUGGAAUUCAAAUUCAAGCUGCUAAAUCUAACAUCCGUCUUGCCAACUUCAUCGAUCCUAUUUCCUAGCGAUGGAGACAAAGUAGCAAACGAAGAAACCAACAUUUAUCAAUCAUCAUAGAGAGAGCUCACGCGGGCUCGAGACAGAGAGAGACAGAGAGCGAGAGACAGAGACAGACAGUGCGAGAGAGUGAGAAAGAACCGUAUCAUAGAGUCGAAGAAUCAGAGAAUUUCCACCGCCUUUCGCCAGAUCGAGAGAGAGCGGUGGGAGAAUUGCCACUGAUUCCACGAGAGUGAGCGAGCGUCACCGAAUCUCGAGAGAGAGAGAGAGGUCGGAGAAUCGCCACUGAUUCCACGGGAGUGAGCGAGAGAGAGAAAUUUUUGUUUUCAUUUGGCGGAGGAGCUGAAAAUUGGGGCUUUUGUUCGAUAGAGAGGUGACGGGUAGUUUGUUGUCGCCGUGGAGAGUUUCCCGAUUUGUGGAGAUAUUAGUUAAAUUAGUAGCAGGGGUUUAUGAACCCCUGAAACAAACCCUUGAGACAGUAAGUUCCGAAAAAACUAGCAGGGGUUUAAUGCACCCAUGGUACACAACCCUCGGCAAAACUCUUUUUUUUUUGUAGUGGCUAAUAUCUUGGAAAAAUAUUAUAAAUUCACUUGUUGUAGUUUGAGUUUGAAAAAACAAAAAACAAAAAAUGUCGUUAAUCUCUGUGAAUCAUAUCUAGGAUACUGUAAUUACGAAAGAACAUGUUAUUCAUAACAUUACAAAUCAUUUGUUGUUAAUAGGUUAAAAAGAUAAAUUAUAUAAUUAUAAACUAAAACAAAAGUCCAAUUAGAAUAAACGAGCUCUUAUGGAGACUUUGAUACCAUGCUAAAUUUCGGAUUAGAGUACUUCAUAGGUUUUGGCAAAAAAGAUAUUUGGAUUAGAAGAAGAAAUAUGGCAAGCAGAACACUAUAAUAUUUCCCGUUUGUAUACCUAACUAAUCAAAUUAUUAUUUGCUACCUAAUCUAUAAAAUACAAGAAUCUAUCCAAAUACUUACGUCACAAAUUACAUUUUGAUACCUACACUCAAACACAAAGCAUGGAAUCAAUUAAACUUCUUCAUUCAAUGUGAUCGAAACACAAUUUCACUACUAAAUUUAUUUAUUCAAACGAAUAUUGAUCCUAUCACGAAAGCCUUGAAUCACCUCUCGUUGUAAAGAGCCAACCAGGCUGACGGGAAUUUACCUCGAAGAGAGCUAAGUUCCCUCGCAAUUGAAAUAGUUAAUCUCUUAAUUAUGUAGCUAUUUAGGACUAAUUAGGAAAGCAAAAAUGACAACCCGAAGACCUGCAGUGCUCGAGUCUCAGGGUCUACCUAAGCUAAAUUUCCACAGGCGGGAGAGGUACGUAGAAGACGCGGAAUUGGUCCAUAUUCAUUUGUUCUUGCAUGUGUAGACUUUUUUUGACAUGGUAUUGUUAAUUGUUAUAUGCUCUCACCAAUAUUAUAUAUCCAUCCACUAUACAGUUAAUUUAUAAUAAAUGUAAGUAGAAGUAUAUCAAAAUGUAAGAAAAAGUAUGUAAGUUAUAAUAAAUGUACAUUUAUUAUAAAAGUAUAUGUAAAAUAUAUAAUAAAUUCAGAAAAAAAAAAUUAGAAAACAAAUUAUAUACGUAUAAAUUACUCUUAAUUAUAUUGAUCUCGUCAUUUUUGGCUACCCUCCUUAAGCCGACAGAGGUCUCCAUCUCCCCCUGCCCAUUCAACACGCUGAACUUGAAAUAUUCAUCUUAAAUCUUGGCUCUUGGGCAUUGUUAUUCUUCGAGAAGAGAAGGUAUGGGUAUCAAAUUAUUCUUUUAGUUAACUCUCGAUUACGUUUUAAGUCAAGUCGUCUCACAAGUGGGGAAGAAGAGAUUCAAGGUAGGUAUCAAAUUGUUCUUGCUAGCUUCCCGACGAGUACUAUAAAUGCACCAUACAUCAAACAGUUUAGCAUCACUUCAAAAUCAAACCCCAAAUACUUACUUGCUAGCCAAGCCAUGGAGCCCAAAUCAUCAGCCUCAUUCGCACUAGCCCUUUGCCUCCUCCUUCUCCCACUACUUUCCCACGCUCACGGCCAUCACAACUCAACAUCACCACCAUCUCCAUCUCCAUUUGCCUUCCUCCAGCACCUCAAAGGCUGCCACAGGGGCGACAAGCUCAAAGACAUCCCCAAGCUCAAAUCCUACCUCCACAAGUUCGGAUACCUCGACUACACCAACCAAACCUCCCCUUCCAACCACUCCACCGACCGCUACUUCGACCACCGCCUCGAGAAAGCCCUCAAGACUUACCAGGCCAACUACCACCUCAACGCCACGGGGGCUCUCGACUCCGCCACCGUGGCCUCGAUGAUGUCCCCGCGCUGUGGCGUGGCUGACAUCAUCAACGGGACCAACUACAUGCAGAACCGACGCCGCGGUCACAGCCACAGGCUGCACGCGGUGGCUCACUUCUCUUUCUUUGAAGGGAGACCCAGGUGGAGAGCCUCGAAGACGAGGCUCUCCUACUUCAUCCUCCCGGGGACCCCAGAUGCAGCGGUGGGUCCAAUAUCGCGUGCUUUCCAGACCUGGGCCGAGAACACGCGAUUUGAGUUCCAGAGGACCGGAGGGGACCCCGGGAGCACCGUGGACAUCACGGUGGGGUUCCACCGUAGGGCCCACGGGGACGGGGCGGAUUUCGACGGAGAAGGUGGCGUGUUGGCUCACGCGUUUGCGCCGGAGAACGGGAGGUUUCACUACGACGGGGACGAGAGGUGGGGGAUCAGGAACCCUGGGGCGUUUGACUUGGAGACGGUGGCGUUGCAUGAGAUCGGCCAUCUCUUGGGGCUCGGCCACAGCGACGUCCGGGAGGCGGUUAUGUUCUCCGGUAUCGGCGUUGGUCAGGUUAAGGGUUUGCAUGGGGAUGACAUUGAAGGGAUUAGGGUUUUAUAUAGCGGGUAGCUAAUUAAAUGUAGUAACCGAUCUUAUUACGAUCGAAUAAUAUAGUUAUACAAAUAUACGUUGAGGGUAAUACGCUGGGUCUGGGAUAUACUCCUAUAAAUAAAUGGUUUUGUACGUAGAAGAUGUGUCUAUAUAUACGUGCAAAAAUCAAGAGGAAAAGGAUGAUGUUACUUAUUAUCACUCUAUUUAGCAGUGAUUUUCUAUAGCUUUUUGGAUGUAUUUACUGGAUAUCAUAUCAUUUGUCAGCAUGACAUAUGAAACUAUGAAUUGAUUAAGCAUAAUGUCGAUUGCUUUUGUAUUAAUUCAUAAUUUGUUUGCACUUAAAUUAAUAUAGUAAAAGAAUGAGCAUAUACAAGAUUUAUACUUGAACCUCUUAUAAUUACCGAUAUAAGAUUUAUGAUUUUGGGCUAUCAAUCAUACACCAUUUUCUCAUAUACACCUAACAAUAAUAAUAAUAAUAAUUCAUAUCAAAGGCUCAAACUACUCCUUACAAGAAACUUACAAUUCCGACUAUGGAAAUUAUUGGAGAAGUUCAACGGGAAAAAUUCUUAUCCAUGAGAAAAGAAGUUGUCUUUUCUUCUGACUACUCUCAGGGUGAAGUAUGUGAUAAGUACUCCACAUCUAUAAGGUACAAUUUGACAAACCAUGAUUGCUAUCUAGCUUGGCUAAUUGAUGUACGUAAGGUAUUCGAAGGAAUGUGAUCAAUUUUAUAUAUAUCGGACAGAAUAUACCCUAAUAUAAAUAAUAUAUAAAAACACUCAAAUAAGCUCCAACCAUUAGAGUGUUUAAUUGCACAACAUCAAAAUUUCUCCAAGUAUCAAAUGUUACCCUGGCAAACCAAGGCUCUUAAUACGUUAAUUUCUCUAAUCAAUUUCUAGUGUUUAAAAUCUCUAAAUCAACUAAUUGAGAAAACCAAAUCUCAUAUUCAAUCUUAGGCCGUUAAUUAGUUUAUCUCGUCAUUUUGAACUUACAUACAACUAAUUAAACAGGUGAUUGAGCAUCACUACUACAGUCCGGUUCACCAAUUCCGUCACCUUCUUCAACAAUACUGGGAGGUUAUAAAAUCUUCCAUAUUUACCGGGAAUGCAAAAAAAAAAACCCGCUGAUUUCUUAAUAAAGGUAAUCAUGUAAA